CGGGACUUUCAAGUCGCUGUCUCCGCCCCGCCGCGGGGAAGACUGCGCCUAUAAAGUCGGCCGGCUCGGGCCCCGCUCAGGUCCCCGCGCUCCUCGACUCUGUGUGUCCCGUCCUCGCCAUGGCCCGCACGAAGCAGACCGCCCGCAAGUCCACCGGCGGCAAGGCUCCGCGCAAGCAGCUGGCCACCAAGGCUGCCCGCAAGAGCGCGCCGGCCACGGGCGGCGUGAAGAAGCCGCACCGCUACCGGCCCGGCACCGUGGCGCUGCGCGAGAUCCGGCGCUACCAGAAGUCGACCGAGCUGCUGAUCCGCAAGCUGCCGUUCCAGCGCCUGGUGCGCGAGAUCGCGCAGGACUUCAAGACCGACCUGCGCUUUCAGAGCUCGGCCGUCAUGGCGCUGCAGGAGGCGAGCGAGGCCUACCUGGUGGGGCUGUUCGAGGACACGAACCUGUGCGCCAUCCACGCCAAGCGCGUCACCAUCAUGCCCAAGGACAUCCAGCUGGCCCGCCGCAUCCGCGGGGAGCGGCGGCGGUGCAGUUUAGCCUCCAAAGCCAUACAGGGUGCGGCCCUGGCGCUUGAGCGCGUAGACCACAUCCAUGGCGGUGACGGUCUUACGCUUAGCGUGCUCAGUGUAGGUGACGGCGUCCCGGAUCACGUUCUCCAGGAACACCUUCAGCACACCGCGGGUCUCCUCGUAAAUGAGGCCGGAGAUUCGCUUGACACCACCGCGUCGGGCCAGGCGGCGGAUGGCGGGCUUGACAUGGCUCGUACCAAGCAAACUGCCCGCAAGUCCACCGGCGGCAAGGCUCCGCGCAAGCAGCUGGCCACCAAGGCUGCCCGCAAGAGCGCGCCUGCCACGGGCGGCGUGAAGAAGCCGCACCGCUACCGGCCCGGCACCGUGGCGCUGCGCGAGAUCAGGCGCUACCAGAAGUCGACCGAGCUGCUGAUCCGCAAGCUGCCGUUCCAGCGCCUGGUGCGCGAGAUCGCGCAGGAUUUCAAGACCGACCUGCGCUUCCAGAGCUCGGCCGUCAUGGCACUGCAGGAGGCGAGCGAGGCCUACCUGGUGGGGCUGUUUGAGGACACGAACCUGUGCGCCAUCCACGCCAAGCGUGUCACCAUCAUGCCUAAAGACAUCCAGCUGGCCCGCCGCAUCCGCGGGGAGCGGGCCUGAGCUGCCUUUCCAGAAA